AUGCCCUUUGGGGGCAUGUUUUCAGCGUAUGUGACGGCGCACUGCCGUCCUGCAGAGUUUGCGCAUGGGGAGCUGUUUGAAAUUUUGGAGGACGACAAGUAUCUUCCGGAAGACGUCGUGAGGGACAUAUCCAAGCAGCUCGUGCGGGCGCUGCACUACCUCCACAGCAACAGGAUCAUCCACAGGGACAUGAAGCCACAGAACAUCCUGGUCGGAGCGGACGGAUGCGUCAAACUCUGCGAUUUCGGCUUCGCCCGAGCCAUGUCGUGCAGCACCAUGGUGUUGACCUCCAUAAAGGGCACGCCCCUGUACAUGGCGCCAGAGCUCGUCCAGGAGCAGCCGUACACCCACACGGUGGAUCUUUGGUCCCUGGGGAUCAUUCUCUACGAGCUACACACGGGCUACCCGCCCUUCUACACCAACAGCAUUUACUCCCUCAUCCACCACAUCGUACGGGAUCCAGUCAAGUUCCCCGCCAACAUAUCACCCGAGUUCAAGUCGUUCCUGAAGGGCCUGUUGCAAAAGAAGCCCUCGGACAGGCUGGGAUGGCCCAAGCUGCUGAGCCACCCAUUCGUGGCGGAGACGCAGACAGAGAAGCUUAAGCGGGAGAAGGCGCUGGCGGACGCCAUGAGUGACACGGAAGGGGUCCGUGCGUGGAAGGGAGAAGAUGGAGCAAUUGCUGGUGCGGCACAGGCUGCGGCCGCCCGUUCCCACUGCACCAGCCCUCCCACGCCAGCCACACCAGAGCCUCGAGCAGCGCAUACACCCGUCUUCGGUCGCUCUGCAGGAGCAGCACCAAGACGGAACCCCUUCACCGGACUUCCCAGAGAGGGCGAAUCAGGUACCAAUCGAAGGGACUUGACCCCCGCAGUCUCUAACGGCUCAGGAGGCGCAUCUCAUUCUCGGAGCCCCAGGAGCCCUCAAAGCGUGACUGCACCCUCGUGCCUUGCCUCACCGACAUCGGGGCGGUCUACCCAUGGCGAUGCGGCGGAGCGCCAACCCCCGGGAGCAGCUCACGGAGCCCUGGAGGUGUCGCCUGCGGCAUCGGAGAGGUCCGCAAACGGCAUGAACCAAAGGCCCGAGGAGGGAGAAACACGUCACAUCAAUAAUUCGUGCACAUCGAGUGAACAACGCCAUGAAGAAGAGCUCCGAAAUCUGGGGAGCUUGUUGCCAAGCCUGGAAGCCAGUGCCGCUACACCUGAAGGGUGCAUGGGUCUGUGGGACGACGAGUGCGGUGUUAGAAUGAUAAUGUCGCAUCUUCAAGCUCCUGCCACCGAGUCUCCAAGACUCCGGUGGAUCCGCUCCUCGGAUCUGCGAAGGCUGCUGAAGGUGGCUGGCAGACUGCUGCAAUUCCGGAAGGAAACUCCGGAAUCGGAUCGAUUGGGCUGCGCAAUUGCCGACAUUGCACGACAGAGUCUGCAAGUAGAUCCACAGGCAAUCGAAACGACUCUCGCUGUCCUUCAAGCCAUCAGGCAAGCGGAGGCGGGUGAGCAAUUGGCAAAUGGCAGUUUAGUUCAUGGGAUUCUCAUUUGA